AUGGCAGCCUCAACCUCCGUUCCUACCAAGGACCAGAUCCUUGUCCCUGAGACCCUUCUCAAGAAGCGGAAGAGCCAGGAAAAGGCCAGAGCUGCUCGUACUUCCGAGCUUCAAAAGAGAAAGGCGGCCAACAAGGAGAAGCGCGGUGUCAUCUUCAAGCGUGCUGAGUCCUACGUCAAGGAGUAUCGGGACGCCGAGCGCGAGAAGAUCCGUCUCGCUCGUCUAAGCAAGCAACAAGGUUCCUUCUACGUUCCAGAAGAGCCCAAGCUUGUUUUCGUUGUCCGUAUCAAGGGUAUCAACAAGAUUGCCCCCAAGCCUCGGAAGAUUCUUCAACUCCUGCGUCUUCUCCAGAUUAACAAUGGUGUCUUUAUCCGCCUCACCAAGGCCACCGCUGAAAUGCUCACCAUUGUCAACCCUUACAUUGCCUAUGGCUACCCCAACCUUAAGACUGUUCGUGAACUCAUCUACAAACGCGGAUACGGCAAGGUCAACAAGCAGCGCAUUGCUCUCACUGACAACCAAAUUAUCGAGGAUAACCUUGGGAAAUUCGGAAUUGUCUGCAUGGAAGACUUGAUCCACGAAAUCUACACUGUUGGCCCCAACUUCAAGCAGGCUAGCAACUUCCUCUGGCCCUUCAAACUGUCUAACCCCACUGGUGGAUUCCGCACUCGCAAAUUCAAGCACUUCAUCGAGGGUGGCGAUACUGGUAACCGUGAAGACAACAUCAAUGCCCUUGUCAAACAAAUGAACUAG